GUCAACGUUAAAUGUCGUUCGUAGAAUUUAAAAAAACUUCGUUUGAAAGUCGUUAAAUGCUGUAAACGUUGCAAUAGUUUGCAAUAAAAAAAUAAGGUGAAAUAUUACAAACCUCGUGACACAUAGGUUACAUAUAAGUUAAAUAAAUGUUUCAAUAAACCACAAAGAAACACGCGCGGCCACUGACCCGCAGAAUUUUAUAAAAUUGUGUUUGCUAAAUCUAACAAAAUUCCGCCUUACAAGAUGGAUGAUUUUCUUAAAAUAGAAAAAAUUGGCGAAGGCACCUACGGAGUAGUGUAUAAAGGAAAAAAUAAAAUAACUGGACAGUUUGUUGCUAUGAAGAAAAUUAGGUUGGAAUCUGAAGAUGAAGGCAUUCCCUCGACAGCUAUACGAGAAAUUUCCCUGCUAAAAGAAUUAAAUCACCCGAAUAUUGUCAAGCUGGAAGAUGUACUAAUGGAGGAAUCUCGCCUUUAUCUUAUAUUUGAGUUUUUAUCAAUGGAUUUAAAGAAAUAUAUGGAUUCUCUAGGAUCAGGCAAAUUCAUGGAUCCCACGGUAGUGAAAAGUUACCUGUAUCAGAUAAACAAUGCUAUCUUGUACUGCCAUCAACGUCGCAUACUACACAGAGACUUAAAACCUCAGAAUCUUCUUAUUGAUAAAACUGGUAUUAUCAAGGUGGCAGACUUUGGUCUUGGACGGGCAUUUGGUGUACCAGUGAGGGUAUACACUCAUGAAGUUGUAACUCUUUGGUACAGAGCACCUGAAGUCCUGCUUGGCAGUCAAAGGUAUUCAUGCCCAAUUGACAUGUGGUCAGUGGGAUGUAUUUUCUCAGAAAUGUCCUCAAAGAAGCCUUUAUUUCAAGGUGAUUCAGAAAUUGAUCAACUCUUCCGCAUAUUCAGAAUGUUGAGAACGCCUACUGAAGAUAUCUGGCCAGGUGUAUCUUCACUACCAGACUAUAAACCCACAUUCCCUAACUGGACUACUUUUAAUCUUCAUAACCAUGUGCAAAAUCUAGACGAGACUGGCAUGGACCUCCUCCAGAAGAUGCUCGUGUACGACCCAGUGCGACGCAUCAGUGCGAAGGACGCGCGCAGACACCGCUACUUCCGGGACGUUAAACUGCCGCCCGGACUAGCUACACACGCGCCCUACAUACGAUACACUGCAGACGGCUCACCAGACACUGACAACACAGUGCAGAGUGUCUAAUGUGCAUAAUAUAUAUUAUAGUGCCUAAAAACAAAGUGAUAGUGUGUAUUGAAAAUAUCUAUUACACAACCAAAAUGAGAGGUUGUGCUGCUACAGGUAAUGGCAUGCCAUUGAGCAAUCCUACAGCCUUAUGACUCAUUGGUGACAUUGCAGAGUAUUAAUUCUAACAACUUCUUGAGAUAAUAACUAUUAGAGACAAAGAUACAGUAGACUGUUACUGCCAACAGCACUAGGUCACAUUCAGCUAGAGCAGUAUUGCUAUAUGGAUCAUUUAUAAAAUAUCUAUGUAGUUAGGGAGGCUGAGUAUAAUCUGUGCAUGUUGGUAUUUAAGGAUCAAAUACAUGUUACAAUUUGUUAACCUAUGAACCUUGUUGUAACAGCAUUGAUAUAUAUAGUGUUUUUAUUGAAACUGGAAUGUCGAUACUUGAAAUUGAGGUCCUGACUGAUUGAUUAUCAACGCACAAUUGACAGAGACUUUGAAAUUCAG